AUGCUUUUCUGUUUAUUCCAGCGACGAGCUUCCGAACCUCCCGAACCACCCUCCGAUCUCGACUAUCCUCUUAUGGAUCUCUCAUCUCUCGAGGGCGCGCCGAUGGUCAAUCCGAAAUUCAUUGUUCCGCCAGAUACGACGACUCCUCGUAUUGAUACAGACUCGCGUGCUUCUAUUCAAUAUUUGCUCUCGAAACCUCUGCCACCGAGACCUGCUUCAACGGACCCUAUCUCGCCAACACAGCAUUGUAAUGGACUACAGGACCGGCCACGUAACCGGUCUACAAUCGAUGGCAAUCUAAGGCGGGCUUCGGUCCGCAGACGUACGAGCAGUCCGCUGGACGAACUGUCUCCCAACUACGAUCCGCAAUAUGAAUACGAGGUGCCCCAACGUAUACAACGCAUCCCACGUCCUCCCGUACGACCACGGAGCUGUGCACCCCUCACUUGGCUCGAAGAUGAAAAGAAAUGGAUCGUUGGAGAAAUAUAUAUGCCCCGCACACAUAAUUCUCGGCCCCAAGAUGAUACAGCGUCUUCUCGAUCACCAGUCUCACCAAUUUCGCCCGUUUCACCAAUUACACCAUGGCAGGACAUAUUUCAACGUCUUGACGAGCACAUCGACUACAAUAAUCGUCUCUGUCGGGAGAAUCUGCUGAGCCAGCCCCCGCCCUAUGAGGGACACAGAUUUAGUCAAACACAUGACACGGCUUUAGGAGAUGAUCGGGUUUCCAACUGGGUUGCAACUGCUCGAAGGAUGCACGAGGAUCGGCGGAAUUGGGGGUGA